GCCGUGCAAGUUAACAUGUUGCACUUCCGGUGCUUGUUUGGUUGGUAGUUUAAAAUGACAAACGCUGGCUAUAUGAAACACACUUUUAAUGCUUAAAUGGCAGCUAUACUAAAUGUGGAUACACGCCUAGGAACAAGAAGAGUCCUGUAGAGUGAACACAGAGUUGAACUUCUCUCUCUCUAUCGUACUAUGUUCAAAAAGAUGACUGAAUUUGGUCCAGAUUCCGGGGGGAGAGUGAAGGGAGUAACCAUCAUUAAGCCCAUUGUGUUCGGGAACGUUGCCCGUUACUUCGGGAAGAAGAGAGAGGAGGACGGACACACACAUCAGUGGUCUGUCUAUGUGAAGCCUUACAGAAACGAGGAUAUGUCUGCGUAUGUGAAGAAGAUCCAGUUCAAGCUUCAUGAGAGCUAUGGUAACCCACUGAGAGUGGUGACGAAGCCUCCGUAUGAGAUCACAGAGACGGGCUGGGGGGAGUUUGAGAUCAUCGUCAAGAUCUUCUUCAUUGACCCCAAUGAGAGACCUGUGACUCUGUACCAUCUGUUGAAGCUCUUCCAGUCAGACACCAGCGCCAUACCGAAGAAGACUGUUGUCUCUGAAUUCUAUGAUGAAAUGAUCUUCCAGGAUCCUACAGCCAUGAUGCAGCAGCUACUGACCACAUCGAGACAACUCACACUGGGAGCAUACAAGCACGAGACAGAAUUCAGUGAGCUGGAGCAGAGGACCAAGGAGAAAAUGGACGCGGCAAAGAGGAGAACCAGCCAGGAGAUCACUGAGCUGAAGGACAAACUAAAAGCCAGCAGAGAGAACAUCAACAGCCUGAAGGCAGAGAUCAGGAAGCUGGAGGACGACGGAGACCACAAGGACCACUGAGGAACGGACAUAAGGAUUAAAAACAUUGCUGUGACAUAUUUUAUGAUCACACAUUUUGUGUUUUAAUCGUUUUUUUUACAUGGACCCUCAGAGAAAACAUUACAUUACAACUUUUUUACCCACACAUUGCUUGAACCGCUGAUCCAACAUUAAUCCUGUCCACUCAUGUCCAUGUUAUUGGUACCUGAUAAGAGGACAACAGCAAAAGUCAUUUUAGCAAACCCACAUCCAUACCUACCUGAAGAGAUGUCCACUUUAGUGUCGGAAUGUAAAAAGUGUAAUAAUUUGGUUAUUUUUACUGAUCUUUUGAUUUUUCUAUAAAAAGUAAUUGUGUUUACAAGA